CUUGAUAGGCGAAGCGCGGGGCAGCUUUCUACUGCCAAUGCCUUUGAGAGUUCAAGCAGUGAGGAACUUGGGAGUUGAUCACUGGAUCGCUUUAUAAAGCCUAUCAGACAGAGUCAUGGUUGUCCCAGGGCAGCAGAACACAGAGGAGAAGAUCUUCCACCCUCCAGAAGAUCUCAGGGUGGAUGCUCACGUGCCUGACCUGGAGUCUUACCUUGCUCUGUAUAAAAAGUCCAUUGAGGAGCCUGAAGAGUUCUGGAGGGAUGUAGCUCAGGAGUUCUACUGGAAGGAGCCUCCCUCAGGCCAAAUGCUGCAAUACAACUUUGAUGCCACCAAGGGGAAGGUGUAUGUCAAGUUCAUGGAAGGAGCCAAGACCAAUAUGUGCUACAAUGUGCUGGACCGCAACGUCCUGGACCGCAACCUGGGGAGCAGGGUGGCUUUCCACUGGGAGGGGAACUCACCUGAUCACCACAUGACCAUCACCUACAGCCAGCUUCUAAAGCAGGUGUGCAGAUGUGCCAAUGCCCUGAAGCAGAUGGGUGUAAAGAAAGGAGACAGAGUGGCCAUUUACCUGCCUAUGAUCCCAGAGCUUGUGUACUCAAUGCUAGCCUGCGCCAGAAUAGGAGCCGUGCAUUCAAUUGUGUUUGCAGGGUUCUCUUCAGAGUCUCUGGCUGAGAGGAUCAUGGAUGCUCAGUGUACUGUCUUGGUGACUGCAGAUGGUGUGUACAGAGGCGAUAAACUGAUCAAAUUGAAGCAGAUUUCUGAUGAAGCCCUGGACCACUGUCGAGAGAAAAAUUCAUUGACAGUGCGGAAGUGUCUGGUAGUAAAGCACCAUGCUUUCAGGAUACAUAGCAAUGAUACCUGCAAUAAGCUACAGACACCGUGGAAUGCGGAGUGUGAUGUGUGGUGGGAUGAAGCAGUAGAGGGUGUGUCAGAUGAGUGUGAUCCUGAGUGGAUGGAAGCUGAAGACCCGCUCUUUAUUCUCUACACCAGCGGCUCCACUGGCAAACCCAAGGGAGUACUGCACACUAUUGCAGGCUACCUGCUCUACACAUCCCUCACAUUCAAAUAUGUAUUUGAUCAUCACCGUGACGACGUCUACUGGUGCACCGCAGACAUUGGCUGGAUCACAGGCCACUCCUACAUCACAUACGGCCCUUUAGCCAAUGGGGCUACCAGUGUGCUAUUUGAAGGCAUUCCAGUCCACCCUCAUGUGGGCAGGUUCUGGGAGAUCAUAGAGAAGUACAGAGUGUCAAAAUUCUACACAGCACCUACUGCCAUCAGACUGCUCAUGAAGUACGGCAGAGAGCCUUUAAGCAAGUACGAUCUGUCCAGUCUACGAGUGCUGGGAACUGUGGGAGAGCCUAUUAACCCAGAGGCCUGGCUGUGGUACCAUGAUGCUGUGGGGCAAGGCAGAUGCCCUGUUGUAGACACAUUCUGGCAGACUGAAACGGGAGGUCAUGUUCUGACUCCUCUGCCCGCUGCUACGCCUCUAAAGCCAGGCUCUGCUACUUUGCCUUUUUUUGGAGUGCUGCCCAUCAUCCUAAACGAGCACGGGGAGGAGCUGGAGGGAGAGGCAGAGGGCUACCUGGUUUUCCAGAAGCCCUGGCCAGGCAUUAUGCGGGGUGUGUAUGGAAAUCAGGAGCGUUUUGAGAACACCUACUUCAAAAAGUUUCCAGGAUUUUAUGUGACGGGAGACGGGUGCAGGAGGGAUAAGGAUGGCUACUACUGGAUCACAGGCAGGAUAGAUGACAUGCUCAAUGUCUCUGGUCACCUAUUGAGCACAUCAGAAGUGGAGGCAGCACUAUCAGAGCACUCGGCUGUCGCUGAGGCCGCGGUGGUCAGCCGCCCACACACCAUAAAGGGGGAGUGUCUGUACUGCUUUGUCACUCUGAAAGACUGCAGAGAGUUUAACCACACACUGUUGGAGGAGCUGAAGAGGAAAGUGAGGGAGAAGAUUGGCCCAAUAGCCACUCCAGACUUCAUCCAGAACGCUCCAGCCCUCCCCAAAACCCGCUCAGGUAAGAUAAUGAGACGUGUCCUGAGGCAGAUCGCCCGUAACGAGAAGGACCUGGGGGACCUGUCCACUCUGGCUGACCCCAAGGUCGUGGAGGUGCUCUUGAGCCAAAGAUGUGAGGCAGCAGCAUGAGCGCAUCCCCCCGUCUGCUGCUCUUUAAACCCCCUCUUCACUUUUGAGACAAGGACAACAGACUGGUGUAGAUUGUGACCCCUGUGAUAAAAUCACAGCUUUAAUGAUGCACAACGUACUUCCUAUCCCAAUACUGUAGGGUCACGACCCACAGUGAGCUUCCCAAUGUCAGUUAUAUUCACAGUCUGGCAGUUCUGGCAUUCUAAUUAAUAUAAUGUGAGUAAUGAAUUUUGGUUGAACCAGAUUUCAGUAUGUCAUUUCUAUUCAUGUGAGGUAUGACUGCACUCAGGUUUGUGGCAAAUUCUGUAUGAUCGUACACUCAUCAACAAAAAAGUGACGCACCAAGUAGAAGUUGAAGAAAUUGAUUGUAAAAUUAUAGGCCCUAUGCUCAUUGUUAUCUUACACCCUGCAAACAGCCUAUUUUCAUGCCUUCUGCCUGCGUCAUUUAAAUAGCAACGAUGUGGUGGUCUCAAAAUGUGGUGUGUUCAGGUAAAUUUCAAGCAUAUAACUCCCUUGACAACGAAAAACUCAGUGCGCCAUUGACUGAAUAUAACCUAGACAACAGUCAACAGUCAGACGUUUAUUGCUUAUUUGUGAAUGGCAGUGCUAGCAAAAUCAGAGCACAUCUGGCUCUUAAACAGAAUGGCAAGUGGCACCGUGAUUGGUUAAUUUUAUGUUACAGCCAAAACACAUCCAUGAUAAAUUAAGAGAAUUAGUACAUGCCUUUUUGUGUGUUUCGAGCUGCGAAAAGCAUACUUUUCCCACCGUUACAAUAGUAAAGAGACAAUGACGCGCCCUAAAUCAAGCUCUGUGCAGUUUACGGCUCGCCUAUAGAUCGCUAAAGUAGGGGCCUCUAUAUGUGUGAAUGUAAUUAUAAUACUUAUGUGUAAAUGAUUUCACUAUUAAAGUGAAAGGGUAGUCUGUAUAAUUGACAAGAGACGCUAGUAUUCAGUUGGGCCUCCACUAGCUUGGAUAGAAGAUGAGAUACGUUUGGGUGUGGAGGCAUACAGGUUCUGUUUGGCAUCCUGUGGCACAUUUGCCCACAGAUAUUGAAGCUGGGCCUGUAGAUCCUGCUCACUCAUGGGUUGUCAAAGCUGGCAUCCCAGUUGAUCAUAUUAAUUCUCAACUAUCUAACAAGGCAGGCAAACAAGUGUUGCAAUCUGCUGGAAACAUUAUUGGGAAACUCUUGCAGCGUGUGGGCGAGCAUUAUCCUGCUGAAAAAUGCCAAUUGGAUGCCCUGCCAUAAAAAGCAACACACAUGUCGCACCAAGAGGUACAUUAUCCACACAAUAUAAGAUAAGAUUUGCAGGGUGUUUUGUUGUUGAGUGUACUUUCAAGUGAAAUGGAAACUGAUGCAGUGCAGAUUUGGGGGCCAACAAACAAACAGUUAAAGUUUUAUGCAGUAGUGACAUAGAGAUUGUUUGGUUUAUUGUUUAUGUAAAGGAGUGUUACUCAAGAAUCAAGAACCUCUAGAGGUUAGAAAAAGUUCAACACAACUACACUGGAACAUUUUUAUUCCCUGUUCAAACACAUUAUAUUCCUAGGUGCCUCUAUAAUCUAUUUUUCCAGAAAGUAUUACAGUCUGAUUUUGCUGCCUAUGAACUUUAAAUAUUCUUCUUGGUUUAGCUGUGGCAUUUUGUUUUUAGCUUUUUACAAUGAUAGGAAAUUAUGCCCACUAUAACAUUUAUCUCCUGGACAGAGAUAUUCUAAUCCAACAAACAUUUAAAAUUCAGCACUUAAUAAGUACCAGUAGCUGCUGUGAGAAUUAUUAAGUGUAUCACUGUCUGUUCUUUCCAGUGAGCUCUCAUAAGUUUAUCAGUCACUACCUGUGUUAGUGUGCAAUUUGUGGGGGACUAGUAUUACGCAUAAUUUUCCUGAAAGAAACUCAAAGCUUUCCCUUCUAAGCUCUAAAACUAAUAAAUAUUCAUCUAUUUUGUUCAUUAUGUAAACAGUAAGGAAUGAAAUAUUUAUUUUACAGAUUUACAGCACAUACAAUCCUGUCCAGAAGGGAUGCUGCUAGUUUUGUGGUCAGCUUGGUUUCCCCCUGGCCUGAAAUAAUUUUCUCCAUUUUGGAAAAGCACUUCCAAAGUUAACUCUUGUUUUAGCACUUAUAUUUUCAUAUAGAUUUGGGGCAACACAAUGAUUAGUAUUAUUUUAUUAGUUUCUAUAUAUUUCACAGUUUUGAAUUUUUCAGAAAAGGGAAAGACAUUGGACAUUGAUUAAUGCUUCUUUAAUGCUAUCCAGUUACUGAUCAUAUCACACAAGCUGCAUAUGCCAACAUUUUAACAUACACUGUUUAUUUUAAGAUUCUGAGUCAUCUGACUCUUUGCUUAAAGUGGCAUUCACUGUUUGACUUUAGCCUGUUUUUUUUCUUGUGUAUAAUAAAGAUUUUGUCAAAUGUAUUGAACUUUCAUAAUAAAGCUUGAACUUUAGAUCAUUUAUUAA